AUGGUGGGUUUGCUGAGGAAGACCACUGGCCUUGUGGGAUUGGCUGUAUGUGACAGUCCACUGCAACAUAAUAAAAAUAAAUUAGAAGGUCUACUUCAGGGUGGCCAAAUAGAAGAGUUGAUUCUUCAGGCUGAAAAGGAAUUAAGUUUGGCAAGAAAAAUGAUGCAUUGGAAACCAUGGGAGCCAUUAGUGGAAGAACCUCCUGCCAACCAGUGGAAAUCAUCAUUAUGUGAUUUUUGA